GUUUUUGUGCAUUUCUUCGCGGCGAGUUCCUCUUUCUACGCAAGGGAGGAAGCGGUGAAUAUCUGCGUCUCGCGUUCGACAGGCUCUCAGCGAAGGAGAAGCGCGAGAACCCACUGCAACUCGCAAGUGCUCGACCCUUGUGGGGGCAUGCAUUUUCUCUCUGCAGUCGUCGGCGCAAAAGAGCCUCAACCUCGUCGAUUGAUUCUCUUCUUUCGCAGAAAUUCUUUGCGAGUUCUUCAGAGUUCUCGUUUCACUCUGGGACAGCCACUCGUUUCGCUCGAGAAAACGCGCAAUUUUGCCUUGACACGCGCCUCUCCAGUCGCCUGAGUGUCGCGGGGGGUCUUUUCACGGGAAAAUCGAGGGAGAUCUGUCGCUAUUGCGCGUUUGAAAAUAUCCCUUCCAAGAUCCGCUUUCGGAUGAAAAGCCUCUCUCCUGUCAACAGACAUCCGACGAGAACACAGAGCACAUCUACGUCUCAGGAAAAAUGAGAAUUGAAAAAUGCUGGUUCUGCUCGUCUAACAUUUACCCCGGACAUGGGGUAGUGUUUGUGAGAAGCGACGCGAAGAUGUUCCGCUUUUGCAGGUCGAAGUGCCACAAGCAUUUCAAGGCGAAGCACAAUCCAAGGAAAUUCAAGUGGACCAAGGCGUACCGCAAGGCUGCCGGCAAAGAGUUGGCGGUGGAUGCGACGUUCGAAUUUGAGCAGAAGCGCAACACACCGGUUCGCUACGACCGCGAUUUGUACGUGAAGACCAUCAAGGCGAUGAAGAGAGUGGACGAAAUCAAACAAGCGCGGAAAGAACGUUUUUACAUGCAGCGAAUGCUGGCGGCCAGCGAGAGGAACGAAGAGAAAGACUACAGCGAACUAGAGAAGAACGAGAAGCUGCUGUUGCGCGAGGGACAAAUCCGCAGAGAAGAAGAGAGAAGACGAGCGAAGGUCACGCAAGCAGAGGCAGCGGCGAGUCUGCUCGACGAAGAGGACGAAGACGCGGAAAUGGAGGAACAGAAACCUGCGCUGCGCAAAGAGAAGCAGAAGGCCGUUCCCGUGCAACAGACGCUGGAAGCCGAUUUCAACUGAAAAGAAGAGACGUCGAGAAGCGAAAAACGUUUCUCGUGGCGAACGAAUUGGUUCUCACCACGAAGCAGUCUCUGUAUCACCGAGUUUCCUCUCCUCGGUUUCUUUCCUCUCGUCUUCGACGUGCUUUCUCUCUUUGUCUCCUCGCUUCCGCGCGUCUCGUGUGUCUCUUCUCUGGCCCUUCUCUCUCUUUCUUCUCUCGUCUCUCCCUCUGUCUCUCUUCUCGCUCUCUCUUUCUCUGUCUUCUACUCUGCCGGCUUUGCUCCCUCAUCGAUCUCCUGUUCUUUCAUCUUCGCCCAGUCUUCGUUUUCUCUCCGUCUUCCGCGAAAGUGUUUCUGCAUGCUCGAGCAGCGGUCGUUGCAUGCUCUUGAGGCUGGUUUUUGCGGAGGAUCGGGGGACUUUUGAAUACAGUCGGGAGCCGUCUCCCAGAAAGAACGCGAGAGUUUACUUCCUCGCGCCAGGAUGUAGGUUCUGUAUCGACUGACCGAAAACGCUUGCGCAGUCUUCUCUCGCCGUCAUAUCUAAGUGGACCGGUCUUCUUGUAGGCGCCUCUGAGGCUGACGGAACUAUCACAUAUUUGGAGAUCCCUCCACAUCCCUCAACCGCUAACUCUGUGGGGCGGCGGCACGCCCGGGUGUCCACGCGCUGUCCGCAGCUUAUCGUUUCUUCUGAAACAGUUCCCGUCGAAAGUUCUCUUG